GGGAUGUGACCCUGGACCCAGACACUGCCAACCCUGAGCUGGUCCUUUCAGAGGACAGGAGGAGCGUGCAGCGGGGUGACCUGCGGCAGUCCCUGCCUGACAGCCCGGAGCGCUUCGACCCCGGCCCCUGCGUGCUGGGCCAGGAGCGCUUCUCCUCGGGCCGCCACUACUGGGAGGUGGAGGUGGGGGACCGCAGCAGCUGGGCCCUGGGCGUGUGCAGGGAGAACGUGAACAGGAAGGAGAAGGGCGAGCUGUCGGCCGGCAACGGCUUCUGGAUCCUGGUGUUCCUGGGGAGCUACUACACCUCGCCCGAAAGGGCCUUCGCGCCCCUCCGGGACCCUCCAAGGCGCGUGGGGAUCUUUCUGGACUAUGAGGCCGGACAUCUGUCAUUCUACAGUGCGACUGACGGGUCGCUGUUGUUCAUCUUCCCCGAGACCCCCUUCUCUGGGACGCUCCGGCCCCUCUUCUCACCUCUGUCAAGCAGCCCGACCCCUAUGACCAUCUGCCGGCUGAAAGGCGGGCCUGGAGAUGCCCUGGUUCCCCAGUGACUUGGACCCUCUCGGGGGAAUCCCUUCCCUUCUCCCGGCCACUUGUCCUGGCUUUGGGUGUUUUGUUCACUUGGAGGACUUGGGUGGAGGAAGCGUGUCCUCUGGGCAACGGGAGGAACGUGUAGUGCCUUUGUGAGUGUACAUGGGAAAACCUGAGUUCUGGAAAUGGCAUGGGCAGAUGUGGGGUGGGCCUUGUCCUCCCUGUGGGACCCCUCCAGGCUACCAGAUGCCACUAAGCAUCAACAGCCCUGACCAAAGCCCUGAGCCUCGCAAGCCCCACCAGAAACACACAGCAUCCAGGGCCUGCCCGAGCACCCCACCUCUAGGGACAUGCCCCAUGUGGCUGCUGGGAGGGGGGCCAGUUCCAAACCCAUUUAUGUCCCAUGAAAGGGGAGGGCCACCUACUGGAGGGACAUCAGUCUUCAGGCAAAAGAUGAUCCGAGGAAGCCAAGUAGGAGGGGAACUGAGCAGAAGUCCCUAAAUAAAGGGCCUUCUGGAAAAUGCCCUGGGUGCAGAGAUUCACCUUUGGCAGUUCUGUGGGGUCUGGAGGUGAGAGUAGGACUUGGAAGUGACACUUGCAGUCUCAUGGUUGUGUUUGGAAGCCUUUCUGGGCAUAUUCCUGGCCGAGAGCUGCUGGCUUUUACCCUCGCAAACGCUUCUCUGGUCUCCAUACUGACCUCAGGUGGCAGUCCCUGACUUCAGGAACCUGUCUGUAGGGUCUUGGCUCCUGCCAAGGGCUUGGGACAUUUCAGAGGCUGUGGUCCUUCCACUCUGGAGGAGGAGGGUGGCUGCAGAGAGCCCUAAGCACACAGAGUCAAGGAGGGUGUUGGUGUGUUAAGGUUUGGUGUUUCUUCCCCCUUUAUAAGAAGGUACCACUUGACUUCUCUUUUCCCCCUCCAUUUUAUUUAUUGUGAGGACAGAGUUCCCACAUUAAAUAAAUUUUGAUCACUGUAA